GAGAGAGAGAGAAGAAGAGGAAGAGAGAGAGGGAUAGAGGAAAGUGGAUGAAGCAAGUGCUGCCAUAUUCCUGGACUCUAAGCUGCAUUACUGUGCAAGGAAUCCCACUUGUGGUUCAUAAGCAGCCUGAAGGAUGAGUUCCCUUGCCGAUGGAAUGCCUUUGGCCCCAGUCGUGAAUGAGGGAAUAUUAGACACAGGAGUCAGUAUCAAGGAAGAGCUCAGCGAAGAUAUGUCCAAGGAUAUUUGGUUAGAAAUUAAGGAAGAACAGCUCGAUUACGCAGAUCAUGAGAGAGACGAAGUGGGUGACGUAAAAGUGAAACACGAAUGUCUUUUCUUUCACAAUCUUUAUGACCAAAGUCAUGAAGCAGAUGCAAAGGACUCGUGUGAAUUAGUUCGGGAUCAUAGUGACGCGUUAAGAGUGCCAUUGGUGGCUGAGGAAUGUUGGAACAACUGUUCACCAGAAGGGGAUCAGGCGAUACAUAAAGAAAGUCUUAAGGAUACAGAACCAGAAGUGGAACCGACUUUGAAGCGUCUUGUAUGCGAAAUGUGCAGCAAGAAAUUCUCUAAGAGGAGAUAUCUCAAAAUUCACAUGAGAGUUCACACAAAGGAGAAACCCUACAGGUGUGAUAUUUGCGACAAGGGCUUCCCAUCCAAAAACAAUCUAGGAAAGCAUAUCAGAGUACAUACAAAGGAAAAGCCUUACAGCUGUGAAAUUUGCGACAAGGCUUUCUCGGAGAAAGGUCCUCUAGUAACGCACAUGAGAAUACACACAAAGGAGAAGCCGUACAACUGUGAGAUUUGCGACAAAGACUUCUCGCAUAAAAAUAGUCUUGUUAGGCACAUGAGAGUACAUACAAAGAAGAAACACUACAGCUGUGAGAUCUGCGGCAAGAACUUCUCACAUAGAGAUAGUCUAAUUAGGCAUAUGAGUGUACACGCAAAGGAGAAGCCAUUCAACUGUGAUAUUUGCUUUAAAGCCUUUCCUUCCAAAAGCGUUCUAGCAAGGCAUAUCAAAGUACAUACAAGAGAGAAGCCAUACAGCUGUGAGACCUGCAGCAAGGUCUUCCCCGAAAAAGGUCACCUGGUAACACAUAUGAGAGUACAUACAAAGGAGAGGCCAUUCACCUGUGAGGUUUGCAACAAAGCUUUCUCGCAUAAAAUCAAUCUAGUUAUCCAUAUGAGAGUACAAACAAAGGAGAAGCCAUACAGCUGCGAGGUUUGCAGCAAGACCUUCUCACAUAAAUCUAAUCUAGUUAUCCACAUGAGAGUACACACAAAAGAGAAGCCACUCAUGGAAGGAGCGUCAGUUUCAUUACUUUACUUUCGCCUCUCGUCCAGUCGAGCGUCCCAUGAAGCGAAGAGUCGUAGCUGCGGCUCUGCUUCGGGGAGCUUACCUGUGAGGAGAGUGUGUGAAGACAUAAGGGCAUGCAUCGACCCCUUCGAUAGUCCCACCGAACCCCAAGGAACAACAACGACCACUUUGAUCACGAUGAGUAUCCUCGCUGAUUGGAUGCCUUUGGCCCCACUCACGGAUGAGGAAAUUUAUGGCACAGGAGUCAGUAUCAAAGAAGAAGAUAUUUCCGAGGAUACUUGUAUUGAAAUUAAAGAAGAACCGUUUGAUUAUGCAGAUAAAGAGAUAGAUGAGGUGAACGACGAGAUAGUAAAACAUAAAUGUCUCAUCUUUCAUAAUCUCGAUGAACUAAAACAUAAAUCAAAUGCAAAGAACACGUGUAAGUUGGAUCAGGAUCACAAUGGCAUGUCGUUAAGAACGCCAUUUGUGGCUGAGAACUCUCUGAAUAAGAUUUCAUCAGAUGAGGAUCAGGCGAUGCAUAAGGAAAGUCAUAAGCAGGAUACACAACCAAAAAUUGAGGAUACACUGAAACGUUUUGCAUGUGAAGUAUAUGGCAAGAAAUUCUCUCAAAAGAGAAAUAUCAACAUUAAUAUGAGAGUUUACUCAAAGGAGAAGCCAUUCAGCUGUGAGAUUGGCAGCAAGGCUUUCUCUAAGAAAGGUACUCUAGUACAGCACAUGAGAGCACAUACAAAAGAGAAGCCAUUCAGUUGUGAGAUUUGCAGCAAGGCCUUCUCUCAGAAAGGUACUCUAGUACUGCACAUGAGAGUACAUACAAAGGAGAGGCCAUUCAGCUGCGAGAUUUGCAGCAAGGCCUUCUCUCAGAAAGGUACUGUAGUAAAGCACAUGAAAGUACAUACAAAGGAGAAGCCGUUCAGCUGUGAGAUUUGCAGUAAGACCUUAUCUCAGAAAUGCCAUCUAGUAGAGCACAUGAGAGUACAUACAAAGGAGAAGCCAUUUAGCUGUGAGAUUUGCAGUAAGACUUUCUCUGCGAAAGGCCAUCUAGCAACGCACAUGAGAGUACAUACAAAGGAGAAGCCCUUCAGCUGUGUGAUUUGCAGCAAGACCUUCUCUGUGAAAUGCCAUCUGGCAAGGCACAUGAGAGUACAUACAAAGGAGAAGCCAUUCAGCUGUGAGAUUUGCAGCAAGGCCUUCUCUCAGAAAGGUUCUGUAGUAAAGCACAUGGGAGUACAUACAAAGGAGAAGCCAUUCAGCUGUGAGAUUUGCAGAAAGGCCUUCUCUCAGAGAGGUCAUCUAGUAAAUCACAUGAGAGUACAUACAAAGGAGAAGCCAUUCAGCUGUGAGAUUUGUAGCACGUCCUUCUCUCAGAAAGAUACGCUAGUAAAGCACAUGAGAGUACAUACAAAGGAGAAGCCCUUCAGCUGUGAGAUUUGUAGCACGUCCUUCUCUCAGAAAGAUACUCUAGUAAAGCACAUGAGAGUACAUACAAAGGAGAGGCCUUUCAGUUGUGAGAUUUGCAGCAAGGCCUUCUCUAAUAAACGCAAUCUAGCAAGGCACGUAGCAGUACAUACAAAGGAGAAGCCAUUCAGCUAGGAUAUUUUCAACAAGACUUCUCCACGAAGAAAUAAUCUAGUUAGACAUACAAAAGGAUAAGCCAUAAAAUUGCAAUUUUUAGAAAGUCUUCUCGGAAAAAAUAAGACCUAAAGCAACACAUAUAGUACAUGUAAGGAGGAUUUAUAUAGCUUCCGUCAAAAAGUGAUAUUGCAAUACAUAAAAGAGUACUCAGUAAUGACAAGUCAGCCAUGUGUGAGAUUUCAGAAAAAAAAACUCCAGGAAUAGUCCCCUAGUGGAACACUAAAGUAGAAUCCAUUCAGAUGAGAAAUUUGCAGUAUGGCCUCCACGUUCAAAAGAAAAUUAGUAAUACACAGGAGAGUACAUAGAAAAGAAGUUGUAUAGAUGUUAUAUUUGCAAUAAGGCGUUCUCUCUGAGAAGGCUAUUGGUAAAACAUCAGAGUACAUACAAGUGAGAAGCUAUACAGUUGUAAUCCUUGCAACAGGACAUUCUCCCAGAAAGAAAUCUAAGUGAGCCACACGAGAGUGCAUGCCAAGGGGCAGCCAUGCAACUGCGAUAUCUGCAAUAACUCUCUCUCACUUAAAUAUUUUCUAUUAAGCCAUACGAGAGUACAUAAACAGGAAAUAAAGCUGUAAUAUAUGCAGAGAGAUCUCCACGUUUUAUUAAAGCAUAUCAGAAUACAUAUAAAGGAGAACACAUACAGUAACAUUUCCUAAAAGGCACAACCAUAAUCACGUGAGACAUAUAAGACUACAUGCGAUGAAGUAACCAUACUCCUUUAAUAUUUGCAAUAAGACCUCACACGAAACUACUCUUGUGAUCCAUAUAAUAUAACAUACAAAGAAAAACUUCUUGAUACUAUUGGUGAGUAAUUGUCCCAAAUAUUUAGGAACACCUUUACUGAUUUAUGCUGUACAUUACAUUUCUGAUAUGUAGUUCUUUCGAGAAAAAUAAACUUUUAUGCGUUA